AUGUCAGUCUCUGCAAUCGGUUUCGAAGGCUACGAGAAGCGUCUCGAAGUCUCCUUCUUUGAGCCGAGUCUCUUCCUCGACACUCACGGCAAAGGACUCCGCGCCUUGUCCAAAUCCCAGAUCGACGAGAUCCUUGCACCAGCUGAGUGCACCAUCGUUUCAUCUCUCUCCAACGAUGAACUCGACUCUUAUGUCCUCUCUGAGUCCAGCCUCUUUAUCUUCCCUUACAAGAUCGUCAUCAAGACUUGCGGGACUACCAAGCUCCUCCUCUCUAUUGAACCUCUCUUGAGGUUGGCUGGUGAGCUUUCUCUUGACGUUAAGUCCGUGAGGUACACUCGUGGAAGCUUCCUCUGUCCUGGAGGUCAGCCGUUUCCUCACCGUAACUUCUCUGAAGAGGUUUCGGUUCUUGAUGGUCACUUUGCUGAGAUGGGUUUGAGCAGUGUUGUCUACUUGAUGGGUGAUGAUGAUGAAACCAAGAAGUGGCAUGUUUACUCUGCCUCUGCGAAGAACUCUAACAGCGACAAGAAUGUCUACACUCUCGAGAUGUGUAUGACUGGUCUAGAUAAAGACAAGGCAUCUGUGUUCUACAAGAGCGAGUCAAGCUCUGCUGGCUCCAUGACUGAUAACUCUGGUAUCAGGAAGAUUCUUCCUCAAUCCCAAAUCUGCGACUUUGAGUUUGAGCCGUGCGGCUACUCGAUGAACAGCGUCGAAGGUGACGCAAUCUCUACUAUCCAUGUGACCCCUGAAGACGGAUUCAGCUACGCUAGCUUUGAGGCGGUGGGAUACGAUUUUACAACCAUGGACUUGAGCCACCUUGUUUCUAAGGUGCUAACUUGCUUCGAGCCGAAGCAAUUCUCAGUGGCGGUACACUGUAGCGUGGAACAGAAGAGCUACGACUCUGGUCUCUCCGUGGACCUAGAGGAUUAUGGAUGCAGAGAGACAACUUUGGAGUCUCUAGGAGAAGAGAGAGGAAGUGUGAUGUAUCAGAGGUUUGAGAGGCUGGGAAGGUAUUGUGGUUCUCCGAGAUCUACUUUGAAAUGUGAGUGGAGCAGCAACAGUAGCUGCACUAGCGAGGACGAGAAGGAUGAGGGAAUCUAA